AUGUGGGUCAAUCAUCUUUGAUUGCUCAAAUCCAUAGUUACAAAAGUUACGCGCUCACUUACUCACCGUCGUCAUUCUCCGUUUCUCUCUCUAUAUUUCCCUUUCUGCCCCGUUCCGCCGACGCACGGCGGAGAGAGAGAGACGAAGAAAGAGUUAACAGUUUCCAAGGAGCUUAAUUCUAGGGAUUUAUAUUUAAAAAUUUUCUUGUGGUUGAUUUUCUGUUUGGUUAGUUAGAUAGACGAGGAUCGAGAGAGAGAGAGAGAGAGAGAGAGAAGAGGGAAACAAAAGAAAAGAAAGGGAAGGAAAAUAUACAAUAGAAAUGUCGCCGACAUUGGACCCUGUCGAUUGGUUUCUCUUCUCUCUCAGCAGAGCUUUCUGUAGUCAUCUCGCUGUUUUUAUUCAGAUCCAGGGAUGUAUAAUAUGCUUGACUCUUGCAAUUGGGUGGGCUUUUGCUGCUUAUGUCAGGAACAGAGAGAUCAAUAGAAUGAAUGAUGCCAUGAUAGGUGGUAAUAGCUUUGGUUUUUUGUGCCAUGAUAUUUGUGAACUCGAGCACUCGAAUCAGGUCAAUCUACCAAGAGUUACAGUUGUGAUGCCUUUAAAAGGUUUUGGAGAACAUAAUCUACACAAUUGGAAGAGCCAGAUCACAUCUCUCUAUGGCGGUCCUCUAGAGUUCCUUUUUGUGGUUGAAAGUACUGAAGAUCCUGCUUACCAUGCUGUAUCUCGGUUAUUAAGAGAUUUUAAGGAUGAUGUUGAUGCUAAAGUUAUUGUGGCUGGUUUGUCAACAACAUGUAGUCAGAAAAUACAUAAUCAGCUGGUUGGGGUGGAAAAAAUGCAUAAAGAUACCAAGUAUGUAUUAUUUUUGGAUGAUGAUGUUAGGCUCCACCCAGGAUCAAUUGGAGCCCUCACUGCUGAGAUGGAAAAGAGGCCCGAGAUAUUUAUUCAAACUGGAUACCCUCUUGAUUUACCGUCCGGAAGUUUAGGGAGUUACUGCAUCUAUGAAUACCAUAUGCCUUGCUCAAUGGGAUUUGCUACUGGUGGGAAAACAUUUUUUCUUUGGGGAGGGUGUAUGAUGAUGCACGCUGAUGAUUUUAGACAGGACAACUAUGGUGUGGUCUCAGGACUUCGAGACGGUGGAUACUCUGAUGAUAUGACACUAGCUGCUAUAUCUGGAGCCAACAAGAGGCUUAUUACCUCUCCUCCUGUAGCUGUUUUUCCUCAUCCUCUUGCAAGUGACCUUAGUUUCUCUAGGUACUGGAAUUACUUGAGGAAGCAAACAUUUGUUUUGGAAUCAUACAUAAGCAGGGUUAAUUGGCUAAUGAACAGAGGACUAUUUUCAUUCCAUAGCUAUGUGUCAUGGGGAUUUGUCGCGCCAUACUUGAUGGCUGCAAUUCAUGUUGCAGCAGCACUAGAAAUCCAUAUCAAGGGUUAUUCAUAUGGGGAAACAACUUGUACUACUACAGGAUUGUUACUGACAAGUUGCCUAGCUAUAUGUACCUUUACGGAGCUACUUUCCAUGUGGAACUUAACAAGGAUUGAAGUUCAACUAUGCAACAUGUUAUCCCCGGAGGCACCUAAGCUCUCGCUUGAUUAUUACAACUGGAGCAUGAUAUUUGUUGCGAUGCUGGUUGAUAACUUUCUAUACCCUAUCUCCGCAUUCCGAUCCCAUUUCUCUCAAUCUAUCAAUUGGUCGGGUAUCCGAUAUCACUUGAAGGAUGGAAAAAUAAGCAAGAUUGAAAGGAAAAAAGAUAGCGGCCCAAAGUUCACAGACUUGGGAGGCAAGCAUUUAUAUGGUAAAAAGGGAGCUCCUCCAAAAGCCUCAUUCCUAAGCUCAUUGGCCAGAAGCUUAUGUCAGUGGCAUCAACCGAAGAAAUACGAGGUCUAGAUUCGACAGGGGGAGCGGUUGUCAUUUAUCGUGACCAUUUCGGCUCCUCAUUUUGAGAUCCGCUGGUGGAAGCAGCACGGAUUCGGUAGGUGAUUGUUGUUGGUGAUAUUUUCUUAUUUGAUUGGUUUUAGUGGUUUAGGGUUUUGCGUCCUCAUUUUUUAGUCUCCAUUCAAUCAAAUUUAUUCUUGAUUCUAUCAACCCUCUUCGUAUGCGGGGGGCUGGUUUUGAAAUUUGUAUCCAUUUCAUCCUGUAAUCUUAUUAAAUUUUACUGUUACUGUUCAAAUUUGAGAUGGUAGUUUGUGAUUUUACAGUCUUCUAAUCCGAAUCUCUGUAUC